AUGUCAAUCAACGACGAGACGCAGGUGUUUAAGGGCACCACAAGCGAAGAUGUUCGAUUGGAGAACUUGGGUUAUGAGCAGGAGCUCAAGCGUUCCUUUGGUUUGCUUAGCAUGAUUGGAUUCAGUUUUAGUGUCGUGACAUCAUGGACGGCUCUGAGUGGGGUGUUCAUUGUCGGCGUCACAUCCGGUGGCCCGCCAGUCAUGAUUUUCAGCUUCCUUGGUGUCAGUAUUUUGACGCUUGCUGUUGCUAUUCCGAUGGCAGAAAUGUGCAGCAUGUUGCCCGUUUCUGGUGGACAAUAUUCGUGGGUUGCUGCUCUCGCUCCUCCAAAGAUCGCUCGAGGGUUAUCAUAUAUCACUGGAUGGUUUUUGCUUGUUGGUGUCCUGGCAAUGGGCGCGACUAAUAACUCUAUUGCAUCAAACUUCGUGCUGGGAAUGGCGAACCUGAUAUUCCCGGAUUAUGUUAUUGAAAGAUGGCAGACUGUUCUCGUCGCCUAUCUCAUUGCCAUCCUUUCUGCAGCUGUCAACCUUUGGGGAUCGCAUCUCCUGCAUCGCAUCUCGAAAUUCAUCCUGAUUUGGAACGUUGGCUCUUUUAUAAUCGUCACCAUCACGCUUCUCGCUACCAACGAUCACAAACAAUCGCCCUCCUUCGUCUUCUCGGAGUUUGAAAACUCAACGGGUUGGGGUGCUGGAAUGGCUGCUAUUAUUGGUAUCUUGCAGGCCUGCUUCGGAAUGUGCUGUUACGACGCGCCUUCACACAUGACGGAAGAAAUGAAGUCUGCCUCCAAAGAAGCCCCCAAGGCUAUCGUCCUCGCAGUUAUUCUUGGCGCCGUCACAGGAUUCAUCUUCCUUGUUACCCUUUGCUUUUGCAUCGGCGACAUUACAUCAACCGCCAAUAGCACCACUGGAGUGCCUGUGAUUCAGAUCAUCUACGAUUCUACCCGCAGCAAAGUUGCAACUUGCAUUCUAACUAGUAUGAUAACUGUAAUUGUUAUCGUUGCCGGAAACAAUAUCUUGGCCGAAGGCUCCCGCUCUGUCUAUGCCUUUGCCCGUGAUAAUGGACUGCCAUUCUCCAAGGUCUUCAGUAAAGUCGACACCAAGACCCAGGUGCCCGUUAAUGCGGUCCUGCUCACUCUUGUCGUGCAACUGGCCUUGGAUGCCAUUGAAUUUGGUACAACAACUGGCUUUGAGACAGUGAUUUCAAUCUCUACCGAAGGAUUCUAUCUAUCCUACGCUAUGGCGCUCGGCAGCAGAUUGCUCGGAUAUUUCUCCGGACACGUCAUCAAACUAGAUGGCCCAUACGCCUUUUCCGUCCCCGUCUCCAUUGCACUCAACGCCAUCGGACUUUUAUUCUUGCUAUUCGCUUCCAUCACCUUUAAUUUCCCGAGUACCUACCCAAUAAACCAUGAGUCCAUGAACUAUACUAGUGCUGCCGUUGGGGUUGUUGCACUUCUUAGUCUCAUUACAUGGAUCACGACUGGAAAGAAGAACUUUACAGGCCCAGGUGCGGUCAGUUUCUUGAGCGGGCAUAACACCACUCCAGAAGCGACACGGCCUGUUCAGGAAGUAGAAGAGAAAAAAAGUUGA